AGCACCUGUCUUGCCGGAAGCGGAAGCGGGCGGGCCGGCCGGUGGCGCAGCGGGCCGUUUCGUUGGGGCUGCCAUGCCGCUGCGGCUGCUCCUGCUGCUCCUGGUGCUCUGCGCCGCCGCCCGGGCCCGGGGUGAGGUGCAGACGGACUCCAGCACUUCAGCAGGCGAUGGGGAAUCCGUCCAGGGGUCCCAAGGGAACGAGCAGCCAGAUGAAUCCAAAAAGAAUGAAGAGAAGCAUUCUGAAACGAAUAACAGACUAAACCAGCGCAGCACGGAUGUGUCUGGCAACAAUAGCAGCAUGAAGAAGCAGACUGAUGGCCAGGACGGCCAAGGCAACGACACAGGUCACCAAACUGACCAACAAAAUGGUGGUGCUGGUAAGGAGAGCAGCGAGCAGAGUAGCAGCCCCGAUAACCAGGGUGGUGGCAACCAGGACAGCAGUGACAAGGCCAAGCAGGAUAGCGACAAGAGGAAUGAGGACUACAAACAGGACAGCAAGGACAAGCAGGAUAGCAACAAGAAGAAUGAGGACAACAACCAGGACAGCAGUGACAAGAACAAGCAGGAUAGUGGCAACAACCAGGGCAACAAUGACACAAACCAGGACGGGGACAACAAGAACCCAGACAGCAAUGAGGAGAACUGGAAAAACCGCCAGGACGGCAACAGCAACCACCAGGACGGCAAUGGCAACCGCCAGGAGAGCAACACCGAGAACCGGGGCAACCGCCAGGAGAGCAACACCGAGAACCGGGGCAACCGCCAGGAGAGCAACACCGAGAACCGGGGCAACCGCCAGGAGAGCAACACCGAGAACCGGGGCAACCGCCAGGAGGGCAACACCGAGAACCGGGGCAACCGCCAGGAGAGCAACACCGAGAACCAGGACAACCACCAGGACAACAACAGCGAGAACCAGGACAACCACCAGGACAACAACAGCGAGAACCGGAACAACCACCAGGACAACAACAGCGAGAACCGGAACAACCACCAGGACAACAACAGCGAGAACCGGAACAACCACCAGGACAACAACAGCGAGAACCGGAACAACCACCAGGACAACAACAGCGAGAACCGGAACAACCACCAGGACAACAACAGCGAGAACCGGAACAACCACCAGGACAACAACAGCGAGAACCGGAACAACCACCAGGACAACAACAGCGAGAACCGGAACAACCACCAGGACGAGAACCAGGGCAACAACCAGGACAACAGCAGCAACAACCAGGACAACAACAGCGAGAACCAGAACAAGGGCAAGAACCAGGAUGAGAACUCGGGCAGUAACGGCGAUAACCAGACCAAGAACUCGGGCAGUAACGGCGAUAACCAGACCAACAACCAGGGUAAUCAAAUGGAUUCAUCGAGAGAUAAAAACGUAUCGCCGCAAUCAACUUCCUCCGCUGCUGUGGGCGACAGCUUUUCAGAAGAUGAGGAAGGCCCCAGAGAGGAGAAGGAUGAAAGGGCUAAAGACGGCAGCAAUGCCUCCUCCUCAAAUAAGGAGAGAGAGAAGAGCGUUCCUUCUUCCCCCAGGGACCAGUCGGAGAGCAGCCACUUCUUCGCCUAUCUGGUCACCACAGCUGUUAUCGUUGCCGCCUUAUACGUAGCGUAUCACAACAAGCGCAAGAUCAUUGCUUUUGCUCUGGAAGGGAAAAGAUCGAAAAGUGGUCGACGGCCCAAAUCUGGCGAUUACCAGAGACUGGAUCAAAAGAUAUAGAUUCCUCCUCAGACGGUCAGUGGAAUAACGACGGCUGGCGACGGGAACGCUGGGAUGCCCACCAACUCCCCUGCUGUAGCGCUCCGAGUUGUAGCUCUGCUGCCGUGUUCAGGUUUCAGACAAGAGGAAGAUGAGGAAAUGCUUUUCAUUUUGCACCUGCACCUUGGUAACGUUAAACCUCCCACUUCCUCGAAAUGCGUUUCUCUUUCCCUGACGAUGAACCCGUUUUCCGGUUGGGCGUCUGGCUUCUUGCCUGCAACCCGGGAGAAGCUGGUCCCCAGCACUUGACAGAACUUUUGUGUCCAAAUGAAGUGGAAUUUGCCAUCUACUGUACUGAUGUCUCCUUUUGGGGGGAAAACAAAAAUAUCUGCCUGCGAAAUGAGCCAUCUGACUCUUCCCCUUCCCGAGUCAUAGAGCUGCCUUUGUAACCAGCACAGUCUUGCUUGAGAGACAGACGUUCUCCUCCUCUGUCCAUUGUAUUUGGACGCUAAAGUUCGGAGCGUGACCGAUUGCACUCGUUUGGAAAUGAUCCACCAAGGACUCUGAUUUGAUUUUUUUUUUUUCCCUCUUUGUGACAAAGACGAUGUUAGAGUUUAUCAUCUAGAUUCUCUCUUUCAUGCUCAUCUUUGGAAACGCUGGAGCUGUCCUUGACCCCUGGGUUGUAGCUUAAACUUCCUCACCUGCAUCUUCUGCUCCACGCGGGUCUUUUCCCUCACAAUCCCCAGCGUUCGGGUGUUUGUACUAAAGGCGAUGGUUGCGGUUUGAUGUGAAGGAGGGCAGGUUAGGCUUAGAAAAGCUUCGUGCCAAAUUGUCGCGGCAUAGUUGUAGCAGACUUUUCCUUGGAAGAUUGCUUUCCUCCCCCUUGUGAAACAUAGUUACGUGGUAACGUAAAAUGUACGGUAAUCCUGAAGUGUUUGGGAUGAAUGAAACUUGCCACCCUUCAGGUUUCUUCAUCAAAAACGCCGUAUUGAGGCCCUGGAGUAGUCAGCCUCCAUCGGCUGCGGAGCUGGCUACCAGCUCUUGCUGGAGAAGUGCCGCUUUCUUGCCCCGUUGAGAGCCGAGGUGGCUGCUCGUCCCCUGGGCAGCGCCGCGCCUGCUGAGCGCCAAGCGCCUUGGGAAAUGGUUGUGGCCUGUGGCGCCGUCUUUUCUGCCCACGCGUCACCCCGGGACAUCUUCUCCCUGGGGUCACCUCCAGAGCAGGCGACCGGCGUGUGAAAGGGCUUGUGGUAUCGCUGGCAUGACCUCUUCCCCACUCCUCCUAGGCUCUGCCGGGCCCAGCUUUGGAGGUUUUGUGUAGCUGAAUGUCACUUUGGUAUUACUGUGAGCACUUACACGAGGGCCUGUGAUGUUCUGCUUGUAUUUAAGGCUGCAAAACACGGUGAUUCACAAGUUAUAGCUGCAAAGUUGGUUUUAUUUUUGUAGUUCAACUCCAAAGAUGUUUGUCUGGGACGUUUCUGAAGAGGGCAUGAAGUGCCUGCCUGGCUCAUGCUUUUGUUUUUUUCCAAUAUGGGUGUAAAAAAAUGGGUAUGAGGCAUCUAGAGCUCUUUGCACAGGUACCCGUCUGCACCCGAAGUUGGUGCCAGCCGUACAUGAGUCACCCUCUCCGUGCACUGGCCGACUGCACAGGAAGAAUCACGGUUGGAUUAACUUCCCUCCAGCUGGCUGCGAAAGCGACUCAUGGGAUGAGGCCGGCCUUUUUCCGGCCUUCCCGAGGCUGUGAAUAAUUGGUAAUCUGCCCUGUGGCUGCUAAAGAUAGUCACAUUUGACAAGGGCAAAGAUAUUUCCUUGUCUGGACACGAAAGCUACAGCUGUGUUUUAUUUUUUUUUCCUAAUGGCUCAUUUGCCAUGUAAGAGGGGAGAAGGGGCUUGACCCUCUCCUAAAAGAAUAAAAGAAAAAUCCUCUUUUUUUUUCUUUUUUUUUUUUUUCCUGGCUGUUCGCAAGCACAAAGAGCGGAAGAAAGUCCCUCUUGGCUUUAAAUAGCUUUCAAGCUUUCCGUAGUAAACUUUUCUGAUUCUAAAAGUACUUUCAGAAGCUAUUUUAGAGAACGGGAGUGUGAGGUGGAGGGAAGAGAAAGGAAAACGAGUCUGGGAACAUAACCCUGGGGGGAAGUGUGCCUUCUGAAACGGGUGGGAACUCCUGCAACAAGACUCCACUGUUUCAGAGAUCCCGUAGGAUAAGUCAGGGGCUCGCUGAUUUAUGGACAGGAUGCGGGGUGGGAGGUGGCAGCUUUUGUCUAAUGACAGUGGGGGGAAGAAACCGUACUCUGACAUGUGAAAUACCGUGCGCUGCUGAGCUGCUCCUUCCUGAAUUUGAAGAGCACGCGUGCUGUUUUCCUGCUUUGUCCUAUUUUUUUUUAAAUUGAAAAAUAAUUCACAAAGGCUAUUUUUUUUUUUCUUCCCCACCGUCUGCUUGCUUUUCUACCCCACCAGCUUUUUCGGAUGCCUUUCCGUCCUCUGCCAUUCUGCGUUGUGUUGGAAAUCCCACCCAGGCAGUUAGUUAUUCACGGCAAGCCAAAGCGCCAGAGUCCCGAGUGAGAGCGGGACCCUCGGUUGUACCUCAACUGUCUCGAUCAUCAGGUUGGACCGAGCAUGAGCUCGUUUGUCAGGUUAACGAGGACGUACCACAUCCUGGCAGGAGCUGUUGGUUUGCUUGGUGCCCAGGAAGCGCAGAGCUCACGCCAGGCUAAAUCGGGGGGACUCCUCCCUAAAUCUCAUCCUACCCCACAGUUGAUUUUUAUGGUAUUUAAAUUUAUGCAAUGUGUUUCAAACAGGUCAAGGUGCGCAUAACCUCUUCCCUUUGGACACAGCACAUUUUUGAAUGGAUGGUUUCUGUUGGUACAUUGGGUUUUUUUGCCAAAUGUUACUACUUUUAGGCCAGCUGCCUUGUCGGUUUGAAUCAGCGAAUGGUUUGUUUUCUGCUGCAGUGAAAUGCAACUUGCUUUGAAGGAUCAGAAUUUUUAUAUUUCUUUGUACUUUUUUUUUUUCUGUGCGGUAAAGUCAAUAAAUGGAUUUAAAAAAAAAAGCAUUGAGAUUUCACCUCUUUUUUUUUUUUUUCGUGUUCUUUGCACAGCCUCCUUUGAAACCUGGCAACAACAGUGCAGGUUAGUUCCUCUUUGGGUAACAAAAAAAAAGCUUUGUCUGCUCGAUUUGCACGUGCAAACUCGUGACCAACUAACCCUGCAGCCGGAAGGAGCCGAGACAGGUUUCAGCCAAGAGCAGAUUUGAAAAGUUUCCAGUCGGCUUCACCCUGUAUCAGCAAUCCCAUUCCCCUUGAGCGACUUGGUACCUUCGUACGUGGUAGUAAGCGGGGUUGUUUCGGACGUAAGAUAAACUGCUUUUAAUAGAGCUCAGCUGGGGAUCUCUCCUCUCAUAUUUCUUCUUUCACCCCCAGGGAGGAUCCAAGCAGGACGCAGCCCGCAUCCCAGUACAGCCUGUCUCCUCUCAGCGGCAGAGACUGGGAGAGACUGGGAAGGAGAGAGCCCAGCGGUACUGGCGCUGUUACCCCACGGCGAGAGCAGCCUGCGUGGGAUGCUGCUGCCCGACCAGCCGUGGCAGGGGGAAGAGAAGGCGCCGUGAUCAACGUAGAGCAAACGCAGUGGGGAAGGAGCAACCCUGCAGGUCCCUCAAGGGAGAGAAGCAGCGGCGUGAGCGUCCCGUCACGCGUGCCAGGACACGGGACGGAGCAGCGGGCUGGUGUUGGGAAGGCUCUGGAGGGGCACCGGGGCGGCUGAGGCUGCUGCAAGGGCACAUUUCACCCUACUUGGAGCCACCUCUGCCGGGACGUGUCGGUUGGGACCAGACCGAGUGGCAGCGGUGGACGUCUCCCAGGAUUAGGGAAGAGGGGAGCGUCCCCUUGCCUCUCCCCAUCCAAACUCCCUGCCAAGCGCCAGCAGUAAAUCCUCGCUUGGGACAUGGCCUGCAGAGAUGCCUGCGAACGGGCUGCAACACCCUGGCGCCGAACAGCCCGGAGAGGUGGAUGGAGGCUGCUGAGAGCCGUGGUGAUGCCGAGGGGAUGCAGCCCGGGCUCUGGCACCCUCAGCCCUGCGGCGUUUGCUCUGCGAGGACGAGCUUUGCCCGCUGAUCAAGGGGCACAGAGCAGUCUCCAGGUUUGUUGGCCUGAGAGACAUCCCCAGCUGUCACCACUCCCGGAACAGCAGCCAAGCCUUCUACCAGAAGGAAACGAAUGCCGUGAGUGAUUUAUGCUUGCUUUCAGGUGAAAAGUUUUCUGUAUAUUUGCAUAAUGUUUGCAGAGCUCACGUUAUCUGCUGGUAUCCGUCCAGUUGCUGGAUUAUUUGUUUGCUCAGUGGUCUGAUCCUCCCUGUCGGCUCAGCAUUAAAACAUGCUUCCAGGG